AUUCAUUUGUUCUGAAAGUCAAUUGAAAUAGAUGUGUCGUGCCAACUCCCCCGCAUUAUUUUGGUUAUAAAAUCGUAUUGGAAAGAACGGUAUUGAAGAACAUCCAAGGAAUGAUUUCCGAUAUUAGAUAAUAAAAAUGAACAAUUUGUACAGAAAAUAUAUUCAAUUUCUUUGCCUUGGUGUUCAGAAUACCAACCGCAUAUUACAGGUGUUUGGACUGUAGAGGUAUGUGGAGUCAUGCUCGAGUGAAAUCGUGUUUCUAUUUUAUCGCUAGUUUGUAGCGUUAUGGAGAAGAGUGAGGUUGCUGUAUGAUUUGCAUCUUUAUGGAAAUGUGACGAAGUGAGAUCAUAGUAGACGCUCUAUUUCAUAAUGGUCUGACCUGCGAAUUAAUAAUGAUGCAUAAAGUGUUUCAUCAUACGUGUCUUACGUUCGCGGAAAUUCGUUGUCUUGAUAGAGCAGUAAGACGACUGCGGUUUCCACAGUACAGCCCGGCCUUGUUUGUAGAUGAACGCCCAUUUUCGAAAAUAUGCUGUUCCUCAGAUUAUCGCAUGUAUGCCAAUAUCAAGCUCAAACCUCUUGUCAGUGCCAACUGUGUUUCGACCAAUUACUUCCCUCAAAUAAUAUCUAAAUUGGACUACUCGUCGGAGAAACAUGACAAGUCACAAUGGCAGGGCUCAGAGGAGGCGAAACCAAAGCAAACUUCACAUGAAGAGAAAUCCAAGAGACAAGAUAGUGCCAGUGCUGUUGAACCAUUAGAGGAUGAAAAGAAACUAUCCAUAUUCCAACGUUUUAAAAAAAUGUAUAGAGACUAUUGUGGAGUGGAUAUUUUAACAAUUGUCGAAGCAUUGGGAGUGAGCAAUCGUAUUCCCGAUGUUCUAAAAGACUCUAGUGCUGGGUAUCUAGCAGUCGCUUAUGCUCUUUAUAAAAUAGCAACUCCGGUUCGCUACAUGGUGACAAUAGGAGGCACAACCAUCUCCAUUAAGUACCUGAAAGAAUAUGGCUAUAUUAAACCAAUUCCACCUGCGGGAAAACUGAAAGAAAUGUACCAAGAGAAAAAAGAAAAUUUGAAAGAAAAGAGCCAAAAUUUUGCAGUCGAAUUGAAGCAGAAGAAAGAUCAAUUCAAAGGUCGCAGCCAGACAUUAAUGCGAGACAGGCGUCAGCAAGCACAGAAGUAAAGUAUUUCACAUAGAAGAACUGACUCAAUUAGACAAGAUAGUACUUAUUGCUGAAAAUAGUAUUGCAAUUAAAACUAAGAACAUGAAAAUAUGUAAAUAAGCACAACAUAUAUUUCUACUUAAACUUGUAAUGUUGAUCACUUUAAAUUGCUAUAAUUGUAUAUUUAAAGCAUGUUUUGAAAAUAUUGAAAACUUAAACUUUCAAAUCUCAACCAAUGGAUACAAGCAUUUGGAAACAAUUGGCUAAUUAUAUUUUGAGAUUUGAUGUUCCUAUGCUGAUGAUAUAUAUAUAUUAAAUAUUGUUUAUAAAUUCGUGAAGCCCUUUUCUUUUUCUCAAAUAUUGUAAUUAGUAAAUAACAGAAAGAUCAGGUUGAAUGUUUAUUUGCUUCCAUUUGUAACUUGAAUCUUGUUCAUUAUAUUAAACUUAUCUGCAGUAAGAACUGUGUAUGUACAAAAGAUGUUGCUAAUUGUUAAAUGAGAUUCAACCUCAAUGUUUGGCUUAACAAGAGAUUUUUAAUAACUUCUUUGUAAGUCUAAUUUAAAACUAAUUGCAAAUUUAUGGGUAAUUUAGUGUCAAUUUGACAUACUGGUGUUUAAGCAAGAGCAAUAAAAUAUUCAGAUCAAGAAAUGAGGACUUGCAAGAAAUUCGAAAUUGGACCACUCAGGUGCAAUGUUAACUUCUUUGGAUUUGAUAUGUGAGCAAUGCAAAUCACCAAAUCCAGAACACCCUUUUUUCUGAGUUACAAUGUAUUAUCUUUGCUGCAAAUCCAUUUUUAUCACAAGGUCACAUUCAAAAUUAUAAAAUUGAUAAGAGCUUUCCCUCUGGAAACUGCACAAGGAUGUAAAAAACUUUUUUU